GGUUUUCAACAAGAAGAAAGCUAGGGACCGGGUGCGGCAUUUUGAGCUUCGGCCUGACACUCAUGCCAAGCGACAACAUGAGAGUGAGCGAAUGUUUUAUCCUAGCCCUGGCCCUCCCUCGUCCGUAGCGCCCUUCAAGUUCUGAGAUCCUUUCAACAGUUCCUCUCAAUCUCGCCUGAAGCAAAGUGGCAUUGUCUGACUGUUGUCCAAUGGACGGUUCUGCGUCCACCAGCUAUGGCGGCUACUAUUCCUCAAUACCGCAAUUGUUUCCCACGGAAGGCCAAGGUCCCCUAAUGCCCCCUCCUGAAGAGCCUCCACCCCCGCCUGCGGAAACUCCUCCCCUUCCACAGGAUGUAGCUCCACCACCCCCUCUGUCCCCAAGGUCCGGUAGGCGACAGAAAGCAAGGCGAACGGUGUCCGUCCAGGACGUGCCACCAACAGUAGGAACGGAAGAAGUUCUUUACAGUGCUUUUGCUCAGUUUGGGAAAGUAGAGAGCGUCUACAUUGCCAGAAACUACCUGGAUUCAAGCCGCAAUCCAGAGUGCAUAGGAACAGCCUUGGUUCGGUUUGGGACUGAGGAGCAGGCCAGGAAAGUAAUCCAGGAAACGACUGAGAAGCUGUACAUGGUCGGGGGGAUGCCGCGGCCAAUCAUGGCGUGCAUCGCUGACGAGUCGCAGUUGCCCCUGGAGGAAGAUACCGUGCAGGAACCGGCACCUCUUCCUGUGAAGCUUUUGGGGAGGUCCUCAGACGCUCUUGAGCUGGAGUUUGCAAUGAAGUGGAGGCAGCUGCACCGGCGGCAGCAGGCGGAGCGCGCUGUGCUCAAAAAGAUGAACGCCAAGAAGGAAAAGGAACUUGCAGAAAAGCAGGAAAAAAUUUUCAAAGAGAUCUACGAAAGGUACGAGAUAGUCCGGCGAACAAACCAUUCUCAGGGGGUGGAGCAACUAAAGAGAGUGCUGUCAAGGAGAUAAAACGACCGACAGCACUGGACACAAUGCUUGACUUGUAUAGCUUAAGGCUCUUGGCCUGGCAACAUUGGGAACAAACUUGCUGCGCACCCCAAGGCCCGUUAUGUACGAGCUAAUCUGGAUGGCACUGCGGCACCAUACUGACUUACAAUUCUUUACAUUGACCACAUAUAUACAACCGGACCGUCGCGCAUCUUUUUGAAGCCCGUGUCGCA